GAAGACCAAGGCUCCUGUGCAAACUGGCUCGUUAGAUCAUAGACUACCUUGGUGGAACUCCUUUUUAGGUCCUUGACUCAGGCAAAAGUUCGAACUUCAAAUGGCUAACCAGUGUUAAAAUUUCCGCCAAGUCACGGCAGCGGAAUGGCGGGGAACCGUAAAAAUCUGGUUCCAGUGCUACUCCUAUGGUUUCUCAUGAUGCUUGGAACCCUAGCUCUCAUUCUGAACCGAUUAAAUUCUGCUGCAGAUCCAUCCGACCAGAAAAUCAUCAAUCACGAGGCAAAAACUACUGAAGAUCUCGAGGGUGUUACGCACAGAGUAUAUUUUGACAUUGAAAUUGAUGGAAAACAUGCAGGUCGUGUCGUCAUGGGGCUCUUUGGAAAUGUCGUUCCAAAAACUGUAGAAAAUUUCCGAGCUCUAUGCACAGCGACUGUGUGGUUUUCUGCAAUUGCAGGAGAAAAAGGAAAGGGAAAGAGUGGGAAGCGUCUCCAUUACAAGGGGACUGCUUUUCAUCGGAUUAUACCUAGCUUCAUGAUCCAGGGAGGGGACUUCACUCAUGGGGAUGGGACUGGAGGCGAAUCAAUAUUUGGGAACAGCUUUGCAGAUGAGAACUUCAAACUAAAGCACACUGGUUCUGGAGUUCUGUCAAUGGCAAAUGCUGGGCCAGAUACCAAUGGGUCACAAUUUUUCAUCACCACAGUGACAACUAGCUGGUUGGAUGGGCGACACGUUGUGUUUGGCAAAGUCCUUUCGGGGAUGGACAUCGUCCACAAGAUUGAGGGAGAAGGAAGGCAAAUUGGAACACCCAAGAGCAAGGUGAUCAUUUCCGAUUGCGGUGAGCUAACAUUGUGACCAGGUAGGUACACUGCAAGCACCUUAUAGAGAAACUUAUAUACAUCUCAUGUAAAAUUUAAGUUCAUAUGUGCACAACAAAUGAGCAGUAGUCCACAUUGGCCAUUCUCUCUUGAGUAAGUGGGAACUGCAGAAGAAGUUAUGCCUCAUUUUUUCUUGCUUAUAUGGUGGAUUUAUUCAACAAAACAAUCCACUUCAAGAAACUGGGAACUGCAGUUAGUGUACAGCUUUUACGAGUAAUAGAAGAUAAUUUAGGUUCUGUCUUGGUUCCUACUUGGGGGAUGUUUGUAACUGUUGCAGGAGGUAUUUG